AUGUCUGACAACGUACGCAGCACAGAUGCCCUGCCGGACUUAGAGGACAGAAGCCUGUCCGAUCGCUCUGAGGAACGGUCAGGAGCGGUGGCGGUGAGGGAGACUUGCUCAGACGCUGAAAUGAACUUGAGAUUGACCAGAAAUGCUGGCGGUUCCGGCACAGAUGCAGAAAGUUCCAUCGAUUUUGAACGCAUGGUAGACGCUGACCAUUUCUUGAUCAGUGAUGGAAACCAAUUCCCUCACAGCUUAGAAGAAGAAGUAGGAGAGGAAAACAAGGAGGAAGAAUCGACAGAAGAGCAGCCUCAGGUACCGUGCAAUGAGCCUAACCACAAUCAGUAUUUAUCGGCUGAGGAUCGGGCCCUGGAGGAUUGGGUGUCUUCUGAGACAUCUGCCCUACCCCGUCCUCGCUGGCAAGUCCUUAACGCUCUUCGCCAGCGGCAGCUGGGUUCAAGUGCCCGCUUUGUAUAUGAGGCCUGUGGGGCAAGAGUCUUUGUGCAGCGUUUCCACCUGCUGUAUGAGCUUGAAGGCCAUAAUGGUUGUGUCAAUACUGUGCAUUUUAACCAGCGUGGUACCUGGCUGGCCACUAGCAGUGAUGACCUUAGAGUGAUUCUGUGGGACUGGGUGCGUCAGCAGCCAGUGCUGAACUUUGAGAGUGGCCACAGAAAUAAUGUUUUUCAGGCCAAGUUCCUUCCCAACUGUGGGGAUUCCAUCCUGGCCACGUGUGCCCGUGAUGGGCAAGUACGCACAGCAGAGCUGUCUACUGCACCACACUGCAAGAAUACUAAGCGUGUGGCCCAGCACAGGGGAGCCUCCCACAAGCUGGCUCUGGAGCCAGACUCCCCUUUUAAGUUCCUCACUUCAGGUGAAGAUGCAGUUGUCUUUGCCGUUGAUCUCAGACAAGGCCAGCCCGCUUCAAAAGUGGUGGUAACAAAAGAGAAGGAGAAGAAAGUAGGGUUAUAUACAAUCUGUGUAAAUCCUGCCAAUAUCUACCAGUUUGCAGUGGGUGGGCGAGAUCAGUUUGUCAGAAUUUAUGACCAGAGGAAAAUUGAUGAGAAUGAGAAUAAUGGCGUAUUCAAGAAAUUCUGUCCGCAUCACCUGGUCAACUGUAAUUCUAAACCAAACAUCACCUGCGUUGUGUACAGUCACGAUGGCACAGAGCUCCUGGCCAGUUACAAUGAUGAAGAUAUUUAUCUUUUCAACUCUUCUCACUGUGAUGGAGCCCAGUAUGUUAAAAGAUACAAGGGGCACAGAAAUAAUGCCACAGUCAAAGGUGUCAAUUUCUAUGGCCCCAGAAGCGAGUUUGUGGUGAGCGGUAGUGAUUGCGGCCACAUCUUUCUCUGGGAGAAAUCAUCCUGCCAGAUUGUUCAGUUCAUGGAGGGAGAUAAAGGAGGGACCAUAAACUGUCUUGAACCCCAUCCUUACCUGCCUGUGAUGGCAACCAGUGGCCUAGAUCAUGAUGCUAAGAUCUGGGCACCCAUAGCUAAAGCUACCAACAGGCUUACUGGGUUAAAGAAUAUUAUUAAGAAGAACAAACAAGAACGAGAUGAAGACAGCUUGCACCACAUCGACAUGUAUGACAGCCACAUGCUUUGGUACCUCAUGCAUCACCUGACACACAGAGGUCUUCACCGACGCUGGAGAGGCCCUGGAGUUGGGGCCAUGGAUGCAGACUCGGAUGAGUCUUCCGCUACCUUAAAUCCAUCCGAGGAGGAAGAGAAUCAAGACCGGGUGCAGUGCCUGCCAUCCUGA